AUGGCUCUCAGGAACCACACGUCCAUCACGGAGUUCAUCCUGCUGGGCAUCCCGCGCACGGAGGGGCAGGAGGCAGUGCUCUUUGCGGUCUUCCUGGCCUUCUACCUCUGCACUCUCCUGGGCAACCUGCUCAUCCUGCUGGCCGUGCUGGCUGAUGCCCGGCUGCACACACCCAUGUACUUCUUCCUGUGCAAUCUGGCGGUGCUGGACAUCGGAUUCUCCUCGGUGAGCACCCCCAAGAUGCUGGCCGGCCUGCUGGGGAGCAGCCGCACCAUCACCCUAGGGGGCUGCGUGGCGCAGGUCUUCUUCUACCACUUCCUGGGCUGCACCGAGUGCCUGCUCUAUGCGGUGAUGGCCUAUGACCGCUUUGCGGCCGUGUGCCAUCCCCUGCGCUACGCAGCCCUGGUGCGCCCGCAGCUGUGCUCUCUGCUGGCCGCAGGCUGCUGGGCGGCCAGCUCCUGCCAUGGGGCCGCUCUGGCCACACUCACCUUCCAGCUGCCCUUCUGUGGCUCCAACGUGGUGGACUACUACUUCUGCGACAUCUUCCCCGUGGUCAGGCUGGCCUGCGGGGACACCCGGGUGGUUGACCGGGUGAGCUUCACCAACAUCAGCCUAGUGGCCCUGGUCUGUUUCCUGCUCAUCCUGGCCUCCUACAUGCGCAUCGCGCUGGCCGUCCUGAGGAUGCGCUCUGCCGAGGGCCGCCGCAAGGCCGCCUCCACCUGCGCCGCGCACCUGGCCGUAGUCACCCUCUUCUUUGGGCCCUGCGCCCUCAUCUACCCAAAUCCCUCCUUGGCCGAGGUGCUGGCCACCCCAGUGCAGGUCUUUGGCAACGUCGUCACCCCCAUGCUGAACCCCACCAUCUACGCUCUAAGAAACAAAGAUGUCAAGGGCGCCCUGAGGAAGCUGGGUGGGGGCCAGGCUGUGUCAGAAGCCGGCCACUAG